AUGAAGGAAUGGACAACAUUACUGGAUGGUAUCAAACAGCUCCAGCUGCGCACGAUACCCGAGCCGAGCGGAAUUGAAUUAAAAGAUGAUGAAGUCCUGGUAAAAAUUAGUCGAGUCGCUUUAAAUCAUCGUGAUGCGAAAAUAAUAAACGGCGACUUCGGUGGAUCAUACAAAGCACCAUCAAACCGCAUAGUCCCAGCCUCAGAUGCUAGCGGCACAAUCGUGCGGGUUGGCGGUGCAGCAGCGGCAGCGAAAUGGCGCAAAAAUGACAGAGUACUCAGUCUCAUGCGACCAACACAUUUGACGGGACCAGCCACCACCGAGGCACAAGCCGCUGGAAUUGGGAUUCCGCAGCCAGGGGUGCUCACUAAGUAUCGGGUAUUCCAGUCGUCCGGACUAGUCGCUAUCCCGGAUUAUAUGUCUUUUGAAGAUGCCAGCACCCUUCCUACCGCGGCUACCACGGCGUGGAUGGCACUGAAUUGGGAUCGGGGCAUUGGAAGUCCGCGGAGGGGGAAAGAUACUGUCGUUUUGAUAUUGGGUACAGGCGGUGUAGCAAUCGCAGGUCUGCAGCAGGCCAAAUCGUUAGGGUUAACAGUCAUCAUCACGUCGUCUUCUGACGCAAAGUUGGAACGUGCCCGUCAGCUCGGUGCCGAUUACACGAUCAACUACAAAACCAUCACGGAUUGGGCAACCGAAGCACUGCGCAUUACCGCUGGAAAGGGGGCCGACAUCAUCUUCGAGACGGGUGGCCCUGCCACGAUGGCCCAGAGUAUACAAUGCGUCGCAGCAGGCGGCAACAUCUGUGCAAUUGGCGUCCUAUCUGGCGUCACAGACGAUGUGCAGCAGGGCCAGGCGAAUGGCCUGAACCUGAUUCGGAAAAACGCAGCAAUUAAGGGCAUCAAUGUUGGCCCACGAGACAGGAUGGAGGAAAUGAUACGUGAGGUCUACCAGCCGCAGCAGCUGCAUGCCGUGAUUGACCGUGUCUUUGCGUUUGAUGAAGCGCGAGAGGCAUUGCAGUAUUUGUAUUCGGGAUCGCACUUUGGCAAGGUGAUCAUUCAAGUCGAGUAG